UUUCUUGGCAUGCAUGUGAAAUCACGUCUGCCGCGAUAAUGGUGGGUAUCACCUUGUUUAUAGCCGGCUUCUUCGCCUUUCCGUCGUCCCACGUUUUUUUCACCUUCCUGCAGCGGUACAUUUUUCCAGGACUGAACUAUGUCGACAGAUUUGCCAUAAGUACACGGUAAGUUAAAUGGGGAGAUGUGAUUCAAAAGAAACCAGACUGAGUGUGCGUGUAUACACAGAACUAAACUUAUACUAAAAAGCUUUUUCGCCAUUGUAAAUGCAAAAUCCAUUAUGACGCGAUUUUUAGAAUUUAGAAAAAAUUGAUUCCUUCUUUAGAUGAAACAAUUUUACUAUUUACUUUUUGACAGGUUUGUGUCGGCGCUUCAAGCGCUUGGCGCUUCUCUCGUUGGUUUAAAAGUUGUUUUCACCUCCACUGACAUCAUGUUACACAGGUAAAGAAAAAAAAAAUCGACUUCCGUAAACACUUAAUAACUUCAAUUUCAUGCGAUAAGGUGUCAUUGUCGACAUUUGCUGCCUUUUGUGUUCCGGUAUGUCGAAAACUCGCCAGCUUUGAUGUUAUUGCGCAAGUUUUUUUCAUAUCAAUAUUUUCUACUUUAUUCUAAGUGAUUUUAAAUUUUUUUCUUUGCUUCUUUCAACAAUCCGCGAACAUCUGUUGACGUUCAGCGCAAAUUUAGGCAAAUUGUUUGUUUUGAUGUCCGAGGCUGAGAAACAGGUGAAUUUUGGAGACCAAAACCUGCCUAUUAAAAAGUAUCGUACCUUAAUUUUUAUUAUUUUGUAUUGGCGGUUACUUCCCGCGUGAAGGAAGGAUGACAUUAAUCCUAGUCUAAUGUUUGCUGUUUUAAAAAAAACUCUAAGUGGGAAAUCCACACUAAAAACUUCUCGAAACACCUAUUUUUCUCUGCUAGCUUAAUUUCAUGUAUAAUAAAUUGCUUUAAUAGCAACAAUCCAUUCUCAGAUAGACACCAUAUUGACAAGUACCUUAAUAAAUAAAUUACCGUAGAGAUUUAACUGCGGUGUGGAAGUUUAUCCAAUCAAUAGCCAGCGGGAAGUGGAGGUUACCACCCAUUCUAGAUUGCUCUAUCCAAGAUAAUUGUCAGAUUAAAACGUGCCUCAGGCGUAGUCAGAUAUGAACCGGUAAUUCCUCUUUUUUUUUCCUCUUUCUCUCUUUCUCUCUUUCCUUUUGUCAUGAAAUAAGCUCAGAAAUUUAUUUUGAUUGUGUCAUUGUACUCUGGAUAGAAACUGACCACCAUAUUGUUUCAGUCAUGUUUUCUAAUUCUUCCUUAGAAAGACUAUUUGUUCUUUUUGCCGACCACAAAUGCAAACAAGUGUUGAUUUUGAGAAAGGCGUUUUAAAAUAAUAGUCUACAUAUCCUUUUUCAAACUUGCAAAUAAAUUAAAACUAAACUCAAGACAAAAGAGGUUUAUAUGGUAAAUAUUUGUACCAAAUGAGGAUACAAGCUCGAGGCAUUUUAAUUAUUGAUGUGGUUACAUAUAACAACUUAUUCCAAACCUGUGCUCUCAAAAUAAUCUCAGGUUACCUCAAGGUUCUUUUCUCAGAGAGCAUGGUUGCUUAUCUCUUAAAAGCUUUUGUAAAAGCAGGCAUACAAUCCCUAAGACAAUAGAGUGUUGCCUGAGGCACCUGGGUUCUUUGUUUCUGGGCAGUGCCCUGAAUUCUCCUGUUUCUGAGCUCGGAUUAUUACAUGCAACAAGAAAUACACCUAAUUAGAGGUGAUGGGUGAUUAAGGCCAUAAGGCCAAACUUAAUAUGUGGCAUGUGAGUUUUAUAGAAAGAUGAGGGCAAUUUGUGAAUUUAUAAACCAGCAUGAAUCUUGAUUUGCCUCGUGAAACAUAUGAGACCAUGAAUUUUUUUUUUUCAUUUCGUGAAAACCUUAGGAUCAACCUGAAACCAUGUACUCAAGAAGAGGGAUCAGAAGUUAUUUUUUAUGUGUAUUCGUGAAGCGUGAAUUUUUCUAAAAUUUCAUGCAUGAAGCAGGACCAGGACCUUCCUCCCCCCUCCAAUUAUAGAUUCUCUGCUGGGAUAUAUGCAGUUUAGGUUUGGGUUAAUAAUAGAUAUACAUGUACUGACUGAUGGGUUUUUAUCAUUGGUGGUCAUAUAAAGAUCAAGCAGUAGAAAAUGGAAAUUAUCUUACUAUUUGUGCUUUUGUAAACAAACAUUUCCAAAUUCCUUCCACAUGAGAAAAAUAAAGACUUAAUCAGGGGUAACCUAACCUACAUGUAUAUUUAUAGCUAGAAGAAACUAGUAUGGUGGGCCUUUUACCUGAACUACUUAACAAUUAUUCAUCAAAGUGGUCGUGAAUAGUGGUGAAUAUUUGCUACCACUUUCACUUACCCUUAGUUAAUUUAUUUUUAAUUAGUAAAUACUACACAGAAACCAAAAACAUCAGUUUAUUUCAAGCAAUGCACUGAAUACUUGAUCAGAAAUUGAACUCUUGAUGCUAGAUUUUGUUUCUUUGGCUGUGUGGAGGGGAAUAGUAUUUGCUUUUAAUCACUUCCAAUUUCAUAGUCAAUGUUCGGGGUCAUUGCUUAGUGCCAACUCAGGGGGAAAUUCGCUGGAUGAAAAAGCGGCAAUCACUUGGUAAAGCACAAUGGGCUCUUCUGACGUUGUGCACUUAAAAUUGUCUGAUAUCCAACACUGUCUGGCUUUCAGCUGCCUCACUUGAAAUUUCUGCCAGUAGCAUCAUUUCAUAGCUAUAACCCUGUAAGUGACAAGUCCCUUAAGAAAAUACUGCAUGGGUCAGUGACAGCCUGGUAUAGAUCAUGAAAUUCAUAACUUUUGUUUUGCAGGCAACCAAUUUUAACCCUGUAUGCCUGCUUUGGAUUGAGUUAUUUUUAUUAUGAUGUGGUGGUGAUGUUUAUUGGAACUUAUCUUGAAGAAAAGCAGGAAGACCCACAGAGAGACUUGUACUAUAUUUGGACAAAGUUUUUUAAAAAGAAGAAACUGAUCGUCUUCCACCACCUUCUUCUCCCUCUUGUUGGGUUUCCUGCUAUUACUGUAAGCAAUGAUACUUAUUAUUAUGUAUUUAUUGACUGAGUGGAAGGGCCUCAUGGGAAAAAUAUUUUGCUAGAUAUCACGAUGUGUAGACCUCAGCACACCCUGUCCAUGCAUCAUGACCUCCAGCCAAAUAUUUUCCCAUGUACCUUCUCUGAGUAUUUUUACAGGUUUUGCUGUAUUUUGAUGAGCAUGUAGGUUGAGUUAAAAUACAAACAAUGAGUAUAAAUACCCAUUGAUACUACACACCAAAACAUCUAAUAAGUUAUUUAUUAUCCAACUGCUUGUUUUUCUCCUAAGUCUUUCUGUUUAAAUCUCAUAAGGCGGGUAGAGCAAAGUGGAUAGAAAAGCAUAGCAUGCACAGCCCACUGGUUAAACAGGUUUUUUUACAGUACAAAAUCACCAACUGUUCAAAUAACUGAACAAUAUUGCAGUAUAUUUACACUCUAUUCAUGCAUUAUUUGUACUCUACUUUGUGCAGUUGGAUAAUAAACACCAGUACUGUGCACUUGGUAAAGAAACCCAGGAUCCCUGUUUGAGAAAAUAGAUAUUUUCUUCUAAAACUCAUUAACUAUUCAUAAGGUGAUCAUCCAACCAAGACACACCAAUUUCAUCUCAUGCAUGUGGUUUGAAACCCUGGUGAAACACUAGAAUGAUGCACUAUUCAUGAGUUUCAUUUAAUAUCAAACCCUUGAGUUUGAUUAAGCAUCAAACUAUAGCGAACUCAUUUCGUAAUUUAAAUAUCAAUACAACAAACUUGCAACCACAUGUGAAAAAUUUGUGAAUAAUUCCAUUUUCUUUUACUCCUGAGGCGUGAUUGAAAAGCUAUUUCAAAAACAAGUGCGAGGGUUUCAGCAGAGUUUCCAAACACUUAAAAACAAUAAAAGCACUAGUCUGCAACCUAGUGCUUUCAUCAGUUUUCUUGUAUUUGCCAUGGAAACCCCAAUGAAACUCUUGCACUCAUUUUUGAAAUAGUAAAUCAAAACUACAAUUCUGACUUCUUUUUUCUAAUAGUCUUACAUACUUUUUAAUCAAAUAUGGUUUCUAAGAAUUGUUUUCUUUCUAUUUUAGAUAUGGAGGAAGCAAAAAGGAGACUUCUUCUUAGCAUGUGUAUAUCUUAAUGAGAUGAGCACUCCAUUCUUGUCCUUCAAGGCAGUCUUAGAAACGGUAUUAGUCCCAUUCUUGGGAAAAUCAUGAUUUUUAUCAUAUUACUGAUUUUUAUUGGUACAUGCAACUGGGUUUCAACAAUUACCUAUACAAGACUUGCCAGUUACCUACCAUCAGGUUCUAUCCUUUACCAGUUUGAUAUGGUUUACAUUACUGCAGAAAAUAGGAGAGGCAAUGGGCUAAUGUCUAGUGCACUGGAUUUCAUAUUCCAGGUAGAAAGGUCUGGGUUCCAGACCUAGUCAGAUGAUUAUGUUGUUUUCUUGGGAAAAAAACCUCACUUUCACACUACCUUUCUCCGCCCAGGAGUUAAAAUGGGUACUGGCAAAGUUUCAGGUCAAACCUGAUGAAAUGUUGGGGGUACUACUAACCUUGAUAUAGACUGACAUCCCAUUGGGGGGAAGGGGGGGGGGGGUGUAUUAUACUCCUAGACACUUCAUGCUAUGGAAGGUGGGGUAAGUACCAGCUAGAUGGGCCACUCACGUACAUACUUAACCCUUUUUUACCUACAUGUACUCCAGACAAUUUGUAGAGUGUCAGAGAAGGUACACUAUGGUAGUCUUUUGAUCUAAACUCCAACUUGCAAUUAAAACCCUAAAACCACUUUUAGUGUAAUUAGUUUAUGAGAACAGGGUAUAUUUGUUCCACUCCUCAGACCCCAUUGCCCUUUACCAGUAAGCAGAAAACCUACAAAUUAUCUUCUAACUAUGUUUCACUAUUUUCUUUUUCAGUUUGAAAUGAGGAAAUCAAUCUUGUAUGUAACUAAUGGUGUUCUUUUAGCAACUAUGUUUCUGUGUUGUAGAGUACUUGUUUAUCCCUAUAUGUACUGGUGUUAUGCUCGUUAUGCCAACAUACCCUUUCUACACACUCCGUUUAAAAUACCUCUCUUUUGCAAUUCAUUCUGCUUGUUAUUGUUCAGUGUACAGUUGUACUGGUUUCUCAUAAUUGUGCGCGGAGUGUUACGGUUCUUUAAACCUUCUCCAAAAUUGCAACAGAAACCAGUUUCAAAUGUAAAUGGAGAAAAUGGUUUUCAUUAUAAAAGUGACUGAUGGUACAUAACAUAAGUGAACAUUUUUCAGAGGAGUUAAACUCAAGCAAAAUGAUAUGGUGACACAUUGUUUUGAUGAAAUUAAUUGCCCCUGGCACAAUACUUUUGGGCUUGAAGUGAUAAAAAGUUAUUAUUUACAGGCCCAGGCAGAUAGCUAAAGAAGAAGUAGACCACAAACCAUUUCAUAAGUCCAUGGAUGAGAUAAAAAUUAUACGGUUUUUGAAGCAAAUUUAUCUAUACAAAAACAAAAUGAAAAUUUGAGCAACAAGGCUUGAAAAGCAUACAAAUCUGAAGGCCCCAAUCCUGUGAAGGUUUACUCUUUUAAAAGAUCCAUUUCUACAAAUCAAAUAAAUCAAAAUUUGAGAAUGCAACAUAAUCUAACUUAUUUAAAGAUGUACUAGAUAAUUAUCAUCUUGAAUAUUGAAUGUGAGAGAGGGUAUAUACUCAAUUUUUCAAUGUAAUAUAUGUCAUUGGCCUGCAGAUGAAAAUCAAGUAAAGUAAUGAACCUCACAGGUGAGGAGCUGCUGAAUUUUCACUCAAAACCUGAAUUUUUUUCAGGAUUCUUUUCUGGAAUUAUUUAAUUAGCAACUCACCUGCAAGGAGCAUUGCUUUAUUUGAUGGUAUUUACUGAUUAUUUGUUAUGCUUAUCGAUUAAAAAGAGACUAUCAUUGUAAAUUUUGUACAGUAUUUACCAGUUGAAUUUGGAAAUCAAACCAAAGAGGAAACAAAAGAGA